UGCUCACAUUUUUCGCUUUGCUGCCUGACUGCAGAGUUGGAGCAAACACAUCAGACGUCCAGUGAAAUCCACAGGCUUUAAUCCCAUUUACACCCCAACAGGCAGUUUGUGCUCGAGGCCAGUGAUCUGUUCAUGGCACGUUUUCUUUCCCUGGUGCGGCCUCAGCCUUUGCGGGCCCUCGUGGGUUGGAGGAAACCUACGCUGUGCAAAAUGUCAAUGGACUCCAGGGCACGCCAAGUGUUUGCAGCUGCAGUGGAGGCGGUGCAGCCGGAUGCUGUGGUCCGGCAGAGUAUAGAGCGCAAAGGGGACUCCAUCAUCAUCAAUGGCAAAACAUUCACACUCAAACACAACCUGCACUUGGUGGGAUUCGGAAAAGCCGUGCUGGGAAUGGCUGCGGAGGCAGAGAGGAUUGUGGGGGAUCAUUUGGUGGAAGGAGUCAUAAGUGUCCCCAAUGGCAUUCAGCAGACGUUACAGCAGCAUGGGAAACACCAUCUGUUGUUAAAAGAAAACAGUCGCAUCAAAGUAAUGGAGGGAGCCAAGCACAACCUGCCAGACACGGACGCCCAGAGAGCAGCAGAGAGAAUCCAGCAAUUAGCCAGUGAGCUGACAGAGGAAGACUUGCUACUUGUGCUGAUUUCAGGCGGAGGCUCUGCGCUGUUACCUGCACCCAUCCCGCCAAUCGUGUUGCAAGAGAAACUGGAUGUUACCCGCAGACUUGCAGCAGCCGGGGCCACAAUUCAAGAGCUGAACACUGUGCGUCGAGCCCUUUCCUUCUUAAAGGGUGGAGGACUUGCACUUUCUGCUCAUCCUGCACAGGUGGUCGCGCUGAUACUGUCAGAUGUGAUCGGAGAUCCUGUGGGCCUGAUAGCCAGCGGUCCCACAGUCUGCAGUGAGGUGUGGCCUGAGGAGGUUUUGUCAGUCCUCGAACGGUACAAGCUGUUGAACUCUAUACCAGCAUCAGUGAAGGAGGUCCUUGGGAGACCGAAUCCCAGACGGAAGGAUGAUAAGGACAAAACGGACAUGGCAGAAAAUGUUCUCAACGUCGUGAUUGGCUCCAACGGCAUCGCCCUCAAGAACGCAGGACUCCGUGCCCGGGAGCUGGGUUUCCGCCCUGUUGUUCUGUCGCUGGGAGUGUGCGGUGACGUGAAGUCAGUCUCCAGACUCUACGGCCUCCUGGCCCGCUUUGCGUGUUCUCCAGUGGAACCUCCUCCAGAGAUUGCCGCCGAGGUGCUGAAGCUGGGGCCCGAAGUAGGUGUGGAGAGCUGGGACCUGUGCCGUACCAUGCAGGUCCUGAGUGAAGGGCGCACGGAGGGAUGGGGUUCCACAUGUCUCCUAGCUGGAGGUGAGCCCACUGUAGAGCUGACAGGAAAGGGUCGAGGUGGACGGAACCAGGAGCUGGCACUGCGAGUUGGCCUGGAGAUGAGAGGCAUGCAGCUGCCGCCUAAUGGUCCCGUCUUCCUGAGUGGUGGAACCGAUGGCCAAGAUGGACCCACUGAGGCAGCAGGGGCUGUUACUGAUGGGGGGUUGUAUGAAGAAGCACAAGCACAGGGGCUGGACAUCAACAACACCCUUACCAACAACGAUUCUUAUACGUUCUUCUCACGUCUUUCUGCUGGGGAACGGUUACUUGUACCUGGUCUAACUUGCACCAAUGUGAUGGAUGUGCACAUGCUGUUUAUUCCACCAAUUCCCAUUAACAAAGACUAACUCAGAGGAUGGAUCUGAAUAAAAAAAUUAUUUCUGUCCCAUUUUAUGUUUUAGUUUCAUUACCUCCACCAAGGAGGUUAUGUUUUUUAACCCAUGUCUGUCUGUUCAUUUGUUGGUUUGUUUGUUUGUCAGCAGGAUUACACCAAAACUACUUUCGAUAAAUUUGCACAAACCUUGGUCUCAGGAUAAGAUAUGAGCCAAGAUCAAGCCACUUUUAGAAAACACGGGGAAGGAGAAAUGUUCAAAUCCUGCAAGACUGGACUGAGUUCUGGACAUCAUGGACUUGGCCAUUUAAGAAUAUUGUUUUGCUAAUGGCAAUCGUCAUAGUUUUAGCUUUGGCUAUGAUCUGACUGACCUAAAAAUCCUUCCGUCCAUCCAUUAUCUGUACCUAUAUUUCCCUUUUGAAGGUGGCGGGGGGAGCAGAACGUGCAACACCCCGUCAGGUCGCCAGUUCUGCUUAAAAAUAAAUCAGUUUUCUUGCAGACUAUAGCAGUUUAUCCAUCCUUUCUAUGUUUACUUUCUAACUACACAACCCACCGGUCUUCUGUGGAGAUGCAUCCCUGCAAACCACCUCCAUUUCCAGCCAGUCUGGAAAUAGGAAAAAAUGCAAAGCAUCUGCACAAAGCUGCUGUAGUUACCGUCUCCCUUCUCAAUAUCCAGUGACAGAAACAGUGUGAACCACUGCAAAAUAAAUCAGUGACCUUGUAAA